AUGAGCGUCCAGACUAACAGUGAGGCCGCAUGGUGCAAGUUCUUUCCCACCACCCUGAAAGGCCUGACUUUAACCUGGUUCACCGAGUUGCCUUACGGGAGUAUAUCGAGCUUCACCGCCCUCGAAACAGUGUUCAAGCAGAACUUCAUCGCAGGAAGGAGGCAUCGGAAAACCAGUAUUCAUCUCAUGUCGAUCAGACAACGGAGGGAGGAAGACUUGGCAGAUUACAUCAAGAGGUUCAACGCAGAGUCUCUCAAGGUGUCUGACCUACAGGAUAGCGUGGCAUUCACCGCUCUCAUGUCAGGACUAUACCCUUCGAGUAGGUUCAAACUGAAGUUGGCCGAGAGUGAAGCCUCUUCAUUCUCAGAAGCCAUGAACCUGGCCCAAAAUUUAUACAAGCCUCCGAUAUCUGCAAAACUCAUGAGGAGCCAAGCUCCGGGAAAAGAAACAGAAUACACUCCGAGCAGACAAUCCCAGGGAUGCCUCUCGAAAAGAAAAGACAAGAAGCCUCGGUUGGAAAUCAUUGGAACGACCCUCGAUACAACCUGA